AUGACGGAAGUGAUUACCUUAGGUCAUAUACGUGGACCUAGGGUACAACAACAAAUGCAUUUCAUGCGUGUCAACCUUCACGUGGCCCCGUGGCGAAUAGCCCGGCUCUAUCCCGUAUUGAACAAGUGCCAAUUCUCAACGACACCAACCAAAGCGAAAUCAGUCCAUCCGUCGACACCAGCACGGACUAGAUUUGCUCCGUCGCCAACUGGCUUCUUGCAUCUAGGAUCGCUACGAACAGCGCUUUACAAUUACCUUUUGGCCAAGAAUAGCGGCGGACAGUUUAUUCUCCGGAUAGAAGACACCGACCAGAAACGAACAGUCGCGGGGGCGGAAGAGAGCAUCUUUGAUGCGUUGCAGUGGUGUGGAUUAGAGAUUGACGAGAGCCCGAGACAUGGGGGACCCUAUGGUCCGUAUCGACAGUCGGAAAGGAAAGAAAUUUACCACAAAUAUGCUCAGCAGUUGCUAGAUAAGGGGUUGGCUUACAAGUGCUUCUGUCCCAAGGAACGGCUCUUGGAGUUGCGGGAGUCAGCCAUGAAAUUGAAACCGCCAACGAAUGUCACUUAUGAUCGAAAAUGCUUCCAUGCACAUCAACAGCAGCAAGAAGAAAAAGAAACAAAUUGUGGUGGGGACUAUGUGAUUCGGUUCAAGUCACCUUAUAACUACCCCAAGUUUAACGAUUUGCUACACGGAGACGUCGACAUCCAGCCUCAAUACAACGCCCGAGAUCAAAGAUUCGAUGACUUUGUAAUUGUCAAAGCGGAUGGAAUGCCCACUUACCAUUUCUCCAACGUGGUGGAUGACCACGUCAUGAAAAUCACCCAUGUCAUACGAGGCGAAGAAUGGCUCGCUUCAACCCCAAAGCACGUGGCCUUGUACAACGCAUUUGGAUGGGACCACCCCGAGUUUGUUCACAUUCCGUUAUUGACGUCCCUUGAAGACCGGAAGCUCUCAAAACGCAAAGGAGACUUUGACAUAUUGCAAUUGCGAAAACUGGGAAUCUUGCCGCUGGCGUUGUUGAACUUUGUUGCUCUUUUCGGAUGGGCACCCGUGCGGAAAUUGAAUGAAAAGACCUCGGAAGUGCUCGACUUGGACGCGUUAGUCAAGUCAUUUUCGUUGGACCACUUGACCAAAGGAAAUGCCAAAGUGAGCGAGUCCAAGCUCCAGUUUUUCCAAAAGGAGCAUUUCAAAAAGUUUACCCUGACUCCGGCAAAUGUCGAAAAAUUGGCCGAUGGCUAUUUCGAGGAGUUCCAAAAAUACAGCAAUGGUAAAACAAUGCAGUAUUUGAAAGAUUUGAUCGUCAGCUUGGCUCCGAAUAUGCACCAAGUGAGCGAUAUUGGAAGAGACCAUCGGUACUUGUUUGCGGAUGUAAGCUAUGACAGCGUGAAACCACCAAAGAAUAAGAAAAUAUCGCGGUUGAUUCUAAAUUCCAUCGUCAAGAACGGAUUUUCACUCGCACAGGAACAGUUGCUCGCUAAUGGCAGUGGGAUCCAAAAGAAGGACGUCUUCACCACAAUUAGGUCUGCCUUGAGUGGAGGUAAACCGGGGCUUCCAAUCAACGACUUAAUCAAGUUUCUUGGUGAAAAAGAGAGCAUGCGUAGAGUUGAAAAGUAUCUACACACCAUCGAAGCAAGGUGA